CCCUUCCCCGCCGCUGGGAGCUGUGAGAGGCGAAGCGGCGGGAGCUUGAGCCGCGCCCGGCUGGCCCUCCCGGGAGCGGCGCCCGUCCCGCCCCUCAGCGGCGCGGAGGAGCCAUGGGGGUGCAGGGCUUCCAGGAGUUCGUGGAGAAGCGCUGCCCGGGGGCCGUGGUGCCGGUGGACCUGCUGAAGCUGGCCCGGGCCGUGGCCGGGCGCGGGCCCCCCGCCUACUGCGCCGCCUUCCACCCUCCGGCCGGCUACCAACCCCCACGGCCCGGGCCGCCCCCCGGCGCCGCCGCCCCCUGCCCGGCCCGGCUGCUGGUGGACGCGGACUCGGCCCUGCAGCGCCUCUACGGCGGCUACCAGACGGACUGGGUGUGCGGGGGCCAGUGGAACGCCAUGGUGGGCUACCUGGCCGCCCUCUCGCAGGCCUGCCUCUACCAGGGCGGGCUGGAGCUGGCCGUCAUCUUCAACGGCGGGCUGGGCAAGGAGAGGCUGCCCGAGUGGGGCAGGAAGGCCCAGGCCGAGAGGCAGACCGCCCAGCUCAUCGCCGGGCACGUGGGCAACAAGGGCACCCCGCCGCCCCGGGCCUGGUUCCUCCCGCCCGCCUGCCUGGGCCACUGCAUCCGCCUGGCCAUGAUUCGGUUCCGGGUCAAGGUGUUCCAGAGCCUGGAGGACCAUCAUCAGGAAGUGGUCUCCUUCUUCCGAGAGAACGGUUUCCACGGGCUGAUCGCCCACGACUCGGAGUACGCCCUCUGCAACAUCCCCUCCUAUUACAGCUCCCACGCCCUCAAGCUGAGCUGGAACGGCAAGAACCUCACCACCAACCAGUUCCUCAUGCAGGAGGUGGCCAAGCAGCUGGGCCUAAAACUGGGCAGCUUCCCCGUCUUCGCCGCUCUGCUAGGGAACCACAUCCUUCCAGACGAGGACCUGGCGGCCUUCCACUGGAGCCUGCUUGGACCAGACCACCCGCUGGCUUCGCUCAAGGUGCGCGCCCAUCAGCUGGUCCUGCCGCCGUGCGACGUGGUCAUCAAGGCUGUCUCCGAGUACGUCGGCUCCAUCAAACACCCCUCUAACUUGGACGUGAUCGGGAGAGAUGUCUUCAAGCACUCCCAGCAAGGUUGCGCCGAGACCCGAGAGCGCUUCCUGCGUAUGACGAGGUGCCAAUUCUGUGUUUCAGUCCCAGGUUUUGGGCCCAACCACUUUGGAGGGCCGGCACCGAUGAAUCGCAACCCGAUGGUCCCGCUUGCUUCAGGGAAGGCCAUGUUUGCACCCCAGGUAGGGCCAAAGAUGCAGUACCAACCACCUGCCCCACACGGCGGCGUUGGCACUUCCUCGUCUUUUCUUCCCGGCCCCGGCUCCAAUUUUCUCUUCUCUCCUCACGGCCUGACGGACGCAGCCCCCUUCCACGAGGACCCUGCCUUGAAGGGCGGACACUUCAACCACUGGCCCAUGUCUUACGACUGCUGCCCUCCCAAGUUCCCCAACCACCACCUGAGCUCCAAACCUUCUCCGUCAUCUGGACCUGGGUCUUCGCCCUCCUCCUCCUCAGAUGGGGAAGAGCACAACGGAGCCAGUUCCAACCAUGUGUCUGAAGCAGCGCCCCGCAAAUCCGGCUGGGAAGAUCCUGGGGGCGAAAAGAUAAUGAGCCAGGGAUGGGGACAGCCACCCGGCGGCUCUGGCAACUCGGAGAGGAACCACAGUGGCCCUGAGGCCCACAUCCCGUCACUGCUCUCCAUGGCGACCCGCAACCACAUGGACAUCACCACCCCGCCCCUGCCUGCCGUUGCCCCCGAAGUGCUCCGUGUGGCCGAGCACAGGCACCGCCGGGGGCUUAUGUACCCUUUCAUCUACCACGUCCUCACCAAGGGUGAGAUCAAGAUCCCCGUAUGCAUUGAAGACGAGUGCAACAGCGAGCUGCCGCCCGCGGCUGUCCUUUUCCGGGCUGCACGGCAGUACGUAUACGGCGUCCUUUUCAGCGUGGCCGAGACACAGCGGCGGAUGGAACGCCUGGCCAUGCGCAAGCACAUCCCUGUGGAAACUCCUCCCGUCAUCGUCAAGGAGUGGUCCGCGUACAAGGGGAAAUCACCUCAGACUCCGGAACUGGUCUCGGCCCUCGCCUUCCGGGAGUGGACCUGCCCCAACCUCAAGAAGCUGUGGCUCGGCAAGGCGGUGGAGGGCAAGAACCGCCCCAUGAGGGCCUUCCUGGCCUGCAUGAAGUCAGACACGCCCGGCAUGCUCAAUCCCGCCAACGUCCCCACGCACCUGCUGCUGAUGUGCUGCGUGCUCCGGUACAUGAUACAGUGGCCCGGAUGUCGGAUUCUGCACCGGCACGAGUUGGAUGCCUUCCUGGCCCAGGCGGUGUCUGCUCAGCUCUACGAGCCAGAUCAGCUUCAGGAGCUGAAG